CAUGAAAUAAAACAAACGUGGCCUCGUUCGUCCCCGUAAACGUGCAAUCGCCUCUUGCACGCUUUAACGCCAACCUCGAUACUUUUCUCUGCUAGGGUGUUGGCCCAUCGCCGGAGAUCCGUCGCCAUCCAUGGAAGUGACUGCCCAAACCCAAACGGUUGCUGGUUGGUCCUUUCACGCAUUGCUAAGAGGCUCUCCCUUGAACCGCCCGAGAGUAGCGGUUCAAAAAACAAACAGAAAGGGAAGAACCCUGUAUCGUUCUUCGCUUACUGUUACUUCAGCUGGUUCCUUGCGGUCAAUCAUAGGAUCAGCAGGCCAGCGGCAUAAACUUAAUCUGAGGUGUUUAAGUGGGUAUGCUGGCAAACUAGCAUUCUUUUCUCCUCCCCCUGCAAGUUUGUUCUGCAGUAGUUCAUUAGGACGAACAAGCAUGGACAGAUUUGUUUGUUACACAUCAGAAGGAGAAACAGUACAAAAUUCAUACAGAUGGCCAGAUAACCAGAAGCCACGGAUAUGUAUUUUAGGAGGCGGAUUUGGGGGCUUGUACACUGCUCUAAGACUUGAAUCACUUGUAUGGACUGAUGAUAAGAAACCACAGGUUCUACUUGUUGAUCAGUCAGAUAAAUUUGUUUUUAAGCCCCUGCUUUACGAGCUUCUAUCAGGAGAAGUAGAUCCAUGGGAAAUUGCACCAUCAUUUACGGAACUGUUGAAAAGCACUAGCGCUCAUUUUAUUAAAGAUAAAGUAAAGCUUCUGCGACCAUCUGAUCACUUGGAUAACCCCGGGAAGAAUGGUCCUGGAGGAACUGUGCUUCUUGAAAGCGGUGUCCUAGUUGAAUAUGACUGGUUGGUGCUGGCUUUAGGAGCAGCAGCCAAGCUAGAUGUUGUGCCAGGUUCAGCUGAAUUUGCCUAUCCUUUCUCAACUCUUGAGGAUGCCAUUAAAGUUGAUGACAAGUUGAGGAUGUUGGAAAGGGAGCAAUUCAGCAAAGAUUCUUCUACUAUAAGUGUUGCUAUUGUUGGGUGUGGUUACUCUGGAGUAGAGCUAGCUGCCACAAUAUCCGAGAGAUUAAAAGGUCGGGGAAUAGUUCAAGCAAUCAAUGUUGAAACUUCCAUCUGUCCAACUGCACCCUUUGGAAAUAGAGAAGCUGCUUUAAAAGUUCUUUCAUCUCGAAACACUAAGCUUCUCUUGGGUUAUUUUGUGAGCUCUAUUAUUGAAGCUCCUCCUAGUAAAGAUUCAGCUGUGUUUAUAGGUGCUGAACAAGAAAUAAGUGUUGAUAAUGAAGUAAAAACACUCAGUAAAUAUAUUUUGGAGCUAAAACCCGCUCAGAGAGGUCUGCAGAGUCAGAUUCUCGAGGCAGAUUUGGUUUUAUGGACUGUGGGCUCCAAACCUCUUGUGCCUGAGCUGGAACCUUCUGAACAGCCUCGUGCACUACCACUUAAUGGAAGGGGACAAGCAGAAACUGAUGAAACUCUCCGUGUAAAAGGUCAUCCUAGAAUAUUUGCAAUAGGGGACUCUGCAGCUAUGAGGGAUUCAUCUGGAAAGUUGCUUCCUGCAACUGCACAAGUUGCAUUUCAGCAAGCGGAUUUUGCUGGUUGGAAUCUUUGGGCAGCUAUUAAUGAUCGACCUCUUUUACCAUUUCGUUUCCAGAAUCUUGGAGAAAUGAUGACCCUUGGAAGAAAUGAUGCUGCAGUCUCACCAAGCUUUAUAGACGGCUUUACUUUGGACGGACCCAUUGGACAUACUGCAAGGAAAUUGGCUUAUCUCUGGAGAUUGCCUACCGAUGAGCAUCGACUCAAAGUCGGGAUCAGUUGGCUAACUAAAGCUGCAGUUGAUACCGUUGCUUCUCUACAAACCACCAUAGCUAAUGCUCUCUCACUUUCUUAGUGUUGUGGAUUUAUUUAUUAUCAAUACAGCAUAUAUCUUUGUCAGGUUGUUCUAAAUGGUCUCAUAUGUUCUUAUUUACAACCAAAUAGUUUCACAUUAAGGUUAUUGGCAUCAUGAUUGCGUUGUUCUCUAA